GGGCGGGACUUGAGGUGCAGUCCGGCCGGGAUCGAGCGGGAAGGCGGUGUUGGAUUUGUGAAAAUGGUGGAAUUAUCUGCAGAGCAAAGUUGCUGAACGAACACCUGUUGGGACAAGAUGGAGCUUCAGUCGGGCUGAAACAGGGUAACGUGUUCCUGCAGAGAAAUUGCUAAAGCUGUAAAGACUUAGCAGCUGAAAGAAACCCGCAGCAGAGUGGGUGGAAGAAAACCAGACGCUAAAGCAGUCACCAUGACGUCCUCGUCCCUUCGAAGACAGAUGAAAAACAUUGUAAACAAUUAUUCUGAAGCCGAGAUAAAAGUACGGGAGGCUACGUCAAAUGAUCCCUGGGGUCCCUCGAGCUCCCUGAUGGCAGAAAUCUCCGACCUGACCUACAACGUGGUGGCAUUCUCGGAGAUUAUGAGCAUGAUCUGGAAACGCCUCAAUGACCACGGCAAAAACUGGCGUCAUGUUUACAAGGCUCUGAUGUUGAUGGACUACCUGAUCAAGACUGGCUCUGAGCGGGUAGCACAACAGUGCAAGGAAAACAUCUUUGCCAUUCAGACUCUGAAGGACUUCCAGUAUAUUGAUCGGGAUGGAAGGGAUCAGGGUGUCAAUGUGAGGGAGAAGUCGAAACAGCUCAUUGCAUUACUGAAGGACGACGAGAGGCUUCGGGUCGAGCGCAGUCACGCACUGAAGACAAAGGAACGGAUGUCGAGUGUGACGACAGGAGUCGGCAGCAAUAACCAGAUAAUGUUCGGCCGAGGCUCCAGCCACCCAAACCUCUCCACCAGCCAGUCGGAUGAGUGCGGCAAAGUGGGCGGUUCACCCGCUUCCUACCACGGCUCUACUUCACCGAAGAUCUCCUCUGAGCUGGAGCAGACGCGGCCUCAGACAAGCGGUGAAGAGGAGCUGCAGCUACAGUUGGCGUUAGCCAUGAGUCGGGAAGAAGCUGAGCAGAUUUUCAAAUGUGCCACAACAACUGGCAGUCAAUCAAGAAACACAGUGACGACCUUGGCUGCACAGGAGGAGCGCCGCCGUCGUGGAGGUGACCUCCGUCUACAGCUGGCGUUGGAAGAGAGCCGGCAGAAGCUGCAGAUGCCCGGCGGGGUCCCGCACAGAAACGAGACAGCUUUGCUGGAUCUGACAGACUCCACUCCCUCUCCCCUGACACAGAAACCGGAUCCCUGGGGGACUCCCUUCCCAUCAGCAUCCACUGCCAAACCGAACCCGUGGGCUGCCGUGUCUCGACCAGUGUCGGCCGAUCCCUGGAAGCAAAUGGCAGGUUCCAGACUGGCUGUCACUACCACCGAUCCGUGGGGAGCUUCCAGUCACCCCCCUUCAGGAGACCAGCAGACGAGAAGCACAGAUCCCUGGGCCUCAGUCGCACCAGCCUCUGACCGAGACCCCUGGGCUCCAACCUCUCCCCCAGGGCCUUCCCCCUUCCACUCCCUCAACGCGGCAGAAGCAACUGUCAUGGAUGAUUUCUCCGCGUUCAGCCAUCUCCGAGGGUCACCCAAGAAAGCAGAAGGACAGGCAGCAGGUGGCAGAUACGAUGCGCCAGGCAAUGCCAUGAUCUCGGUGCCCACGUCCGGUGACGCGGGCUGCCCCGACUCCUUCGACAUGUCCCGCAUGCCCGGUACCAUGGGCUCCAGGCUGCCCACACCCAAGCACCAGCAGAAGAAUCCCGAAUCCUUCCUGGGACCUAAUGCCUCGCUUGUCAACCUGGACACUCUGGUGACCCGCACAACGCACCCAAACAUGAGCACAAACCCUUUCCUGGUGCAGGGUGUUCCUGCAGUGGCGACUGCCAACCCGUUCCACAGCGCGCCCGCGCCCGUGCCGGUAUCCAGCUCCAUGAUGGCCGUGACCCAGACGCCGUUCGGACCCGUCAACGUGAGCGGCGGCCCCUUCUCCUCCAUGCCCGGCGUCGGGGUUCCUCCCAUGGUGACCAUGCCCACGAUGGGCAUGCCUCAAGGUGCCAGCGUUCAAGGGAUGAUGGGCCCGACCUACGUCGCCAUGCCAACCCCUCCCGCCCCGGGCCCUGCUCCCAGCUCCACCAACCCAUUCCUCUUAUGAUGGCGGUUCGGGGGGCUCCCAUCUCAGCUGAUAUUUAAGUAAUCUUUUUAUGACUGGUUAUUCCUUCCCCCCGUGCAACUGGAGAGCAAAAUAUACAGCGUCCUUCCUUAUGGAUGAAUGUGAAAGCGACACUAAGACGCAAGGAAAAUUCCCAGGAUUGUACUUGUGAUAAAUAACCCUUGUGCACCCUGAAUUGAGAACAACAUGCCUGGUUUGGCAGUACCAGAAGUAUUAUCAGUCUAUCUGUACAGGAACCUGAAGAAGCUAAACCUUGAGUUCAAACGGAGACCUACUUUGUGGGCGCUCUGGGCUAAGGACCCUAACAUGGUUCUACUCAAUUACCCUGCAUUCUUUGUCACUGGGAAGAGGUUACGUGGGGGUGGGGGAGGGGGGGAUGGAGUCUAGACGAGGCUGUCACCAAGAGGCCAACUUACCACAAGAGUUGAGGGAAGUAAAAGAUUGCGUGCCUGGUGAAUGUACCCUUAUGAUGGCAGGAGAAUCCAGCAACGUUAAAAUGGUGGGAAGCACCGUCGAGGAAGCCCGUCUGUGUAGCCCCAACUCUCUUACCCACAGCCUGUCUCCCGAGAUCCAACCCCAAGCCCUUCAGCAUUUGCUGCGUACAAUCUCCACGGACCUUUCUGCUGCACGCAGCCACUGGAUUGAAUCGGCACUCUCGUCAGUUUAAAGAGCGAGGGAAGGGGGCUUGGUUUACUCCCACAGCCAGCCGUCUGGGCACUCGGCCACUGGUGCUGUCAGUGUAAUACCAGUAUGGGCCGGUGCAUCCACAGUCCAGACCUUUACGUGGAGUGCUGUGGGCAAGCUGGUUUGUGGUGAUCAGAAGUCCCCUCUGUCCGUCAGCUUCUUGCAAGGUGUCACUUUGCUGCAGGAUGCCCGCCCCUGCAGCUCGUUUUAUUUGCCAGUACUGUGGUACUUACCCAGUCAGCGUGUCUACCCAAUGCUUCCCAUCGGGAUCCCUUUUUUGUUUAAACUUAUCCUUUUUCAAAAGAUGUUUACAUUUUGCUGUAGUCGUAUGUUUACUGAUGCGUGUGCGGUGGUGGCUCGGUUCCGGGACGGCAGUGCGGAGUGAUGGGACAUCACCAUGGUUCCCCGGCUCUCCGGCCUCAGCGUCUCUCGGCCUCGCGUGCCGGAGUGACCCGUUAUAUCAAAGACAAAAAUAAGCCGCCGUUCUCAGUCAGGACCUCUGACUUGGAGGGGGGGGGAGGGGAAGCAAUUGUGGAGCUGAAACUGAAGGGAGUCACAGAACAAAGCCUAGAACGAAUCUGGGAAUGGCCCAAGGUAACCACAGUCUGGAUGACAGAGUCGGCCUGACCGUAAUACUGCCGUGGCAAAUAAUGAGGUAUUUAGCAGCAAGUGCUCUAUCUCUAGGGGGCCUGACUGCCUCUGGGGUGCAGUCAAUAACGCCAUUCACACUGUACGUGUGUGUCCCCUACACACUUUCAGCAGUGAAUGUAAAUAGCAAUCCCUCUGUUAAACACGUUUGGGACGCGGCAAUAGUGUCUGGUGAUAGAUUGGUAAUGAAUAUAUUAAAGUUUGAAACUUGCAGGUAACACCGAUCACUCUGGAUGCAUGCUUCCAAACCAGCCAUAAAAUUCUGCACCUUUCUGGCUGGCUGGCUUCCAGUACAGGCCCACCACCGAUUUGUUGGCCCCAUCCCCCUGGUUCCAGUGCCUUUCUGGAUUAUCUGUUUUGUUGGACCAACAGAAGUCACAGCCUCUGAGCAGAAUCGAACGGUACCGGAACGGUCCACCCAGCCGCCCGGGGGCCGAGAUACCGGCCCACAAAGUCGACCUCGGAAGUUGGCUAGGGCAACGGAUCUGCCGGCUCUGUCCGCGUCGGAGUUCCAGAGCCUCGGCCACAGGGGUCAAAUUUGACCCGCCGAUCGGCCGCGGAAGACUCGGUGAGGUCGAGAUCGGCCGCCUCACCUGCCCUGGGCGCCACAUUUUCAUAGGGCUUUAAGUGGGCACUGUACAAGAUAUUUUAAGUGUGCACUCGUAAUUCUGUCCGGAUUAAAGGAGGUGCCGGACCAGCAGUUAGUUGCUGGAAAAUCAGUGGUGGGCCUUGUCGGUAACGGACAGGUGCUUCACUGGAAAUGUAGAGCCUUGGGACUGGUGAAGAGAAGAGAUGAGAUGAGAGGUGGUCGUGAUGGGUGGGACAUAUUCGCUCCACUACUUAGCAGUGAGAAAGUCCCUGACUGUAAUAUGGGUGAAACCCACUCCACUGGUCUCCAUGAGGGGGGAGUACAGGAGUAUCAAGGUGCUAGAUUAACUCUUGAAGCAAGUAAUUAACCUUUUAUACACUACAGUCAGAUUCAGCGGCUCUCCCCAUAAUAGGUUUAAUUAGGAAUUUUCUUACUGAAAUGUCCAGGUCGAACAACAUUACUGACAUUUUGUCUUUGGUUUGAGUCUCAGUAAGUGAGAAAUGUUGGACUUCCUUCCAUUGCCUUUUCUCCCACCUCGGCUGCUCAGUUGACACCUUUCCCUAGGUGUAUUACAAACAAAUUCAGAAGACGACAAACUGGAGAUUUUUUUUUAAACCCUGCAUUACUCUUCCAUUAUUUGACCAUUACUGGUCAAGAUGAGGUUAACAGACCUUUAUCCACCUAUAAGAAACGUUUUGAUAAGAAAAUUAUAAUGUCAUGUUAAAAAGUACAUUUUUAUUAGUGGGAUGCAUUAGUGUGGGAUAGACAAAAUAGAAAUUGCUUUCAUUUCUAUCCACUGCCUCAGAAGAUGUCUUCCAAAGUAUUAUUUACUGUCAGUAUACAGUACCCAGCACAGUAUUAAUGAGUUAUUUACAGUAAUGCUCGGCAGAAUCAACAGUCUUUGUAUUAAGACACAGUAUUAAGAGUCACUGCAUUAUAGUAACCCACUUCAGUAUUAAUGGGUUGCUAUGCACACUCACACAGCAACAACCUACAAUAUUAAUACAAUUCUGCAUUAAUAUUACCCUUUUUUUUUUUUAAAUCUAUGGGAGCGUUACCAAACUUGUUUUUAAACCAAAUCAUUGAGAUUACGGCAGGUGACCAAGGUGGAAGCUCCUUGUAUAUGUCCUAUCCACGGGAUUAAUCCCUUUAAGAUAUAAUUAUCUGCAAUAUUAACUGUACAAACAGAAUGGUGGGUGCCUUCAGAUAUGAACUAUGGGCAAGUGGGUACUUGGCGGUCAGUGUUUUGGGCCCUGUAGCCUAGUUCUUUGUAUUGAUGAUGUACAGUGACUGCCAACACCAUGAUCAAGAAAGCUUGCUGCAGGAUGGACAGUCUAACUAAAACUGGACAAUAAUUACAGCACAAAAUACUUUUAAGUCGACAGAUUGCAGUUUGUAUUUUAAAAGUUUAUUAUUGGAGAUGUAUUCUUGUCUUAAUGCUGCGACCCACACUGCAUUUCUUUACAAAUGCUUCUGUGAGCAUGUUUACAGUGUACACAGCUGUGGUGGCAUCCUUGUUUUAGUCAUCCCCAGUAUUGUCCUGUUCUUCAGUCCGUGACUCAUCUCAGUGAUACAGCGUGCAGCUCACACCACCAGUUUGGAGCUAUUUUAACAAAUAAUUCAGAUUGGAUAAUCUAUCCUCCUAGUUUCCAUUCCUAAGAUCAAUCAGGCUUCCAGCUUUACGAAGGAAGAUUCAUAUCCAACAUUUCAUCUAUAUUUUCUAAUCAUGAGAUUACUGGAGCAUGCCAUUCAAAGAUGUUUCCUCUAAAAAUGCUGAGGCUCUGGAGGAUGCCAUGGUUAAAGAUAUUGAUGUCACCUCUCAUUUGGCAUUGAUUAGCAAAUUCAGACAAAUGUUACAAGAAAAUUAUCUUGCUGGUGGCUUGAGUGUAGGGUCAAGAUUUGGUUGGGUUGAAGCAAUAAUUUUACCCCAUGUCUAAUUCGUACUGCCUCGGCAAAAUACAGGAGCUUUACUUUCAAUCCUACCAAUGUUCGGUGGAACAGCAAAGGAGUUUUACUCUGUCCUAUCAAACUUUCCCAGAGCAGGUGGGCAGCACAGAAGAGAAACUGUUUUUUUUUAAUGUAUGCUUCCCCUGCCUCGGGAACAUUUUGGUGGGCAGUUCAUUGGGAGCUCUAUUUCUGUGUCUAAUCUGUACCAGAUAUGCUCUUGAAACUAAACACACAUCUGUGCCUGAAAUUGUGGUUUGCAGCACUGCUGAAAUUGUGGUUUGCAGCACAAGUGCAAGGUUCAGUAAAAAUCAAAACGGAGAUUGGGAGUAUUGGCGCCGUUGUACAUGAGGUGUCUAUGUGUGGUUUUCAGAGUCAUUGAAAGAUGCGGCGCGGAAUUGAGCUGUUGGCAAAUGGUGAAAGUGAAAUUUUGGAAGAUUCACGAUUCAUAGCAAAGACUAACGUUUGUAGUCUUAUUCCAAACUAAAAACCGCUGCAUGCCCGAGUCUAAAAUCGUGUGUAGCACAUGUGUUUUUUUUUACAAGUCCUCUCUCAUCCUUUAGGGUUUCCACUCUGUUCACAUGUGGGCCACAGCAUCUCUCUUUAGAAGCAUGGUGCUGUUUUUAUACCAUAAUAUCAAGCAGUAAAACUCAUUAUCUGAUCGCUGUCAUUCCUCUUGAGUCUGGAGAGCACAUGGCACAAAUGAUACUGCAAGAAGCGUGAGACCAGACACAGGUGUUUCGCAGAGUAGGGGGUUUUACUCUUUGAAAUGAGAGGACAUAACCACAUUUGACAAGAAAUGCCUGUAGAAUCUUCACAAUAAAACUCCUUUUUGUAAGAGUUUUAAUUUUUAAUGUUCGGGGGAGUUGGGAUACAGAAGCAGCCGUUGUAUCCAACAUCACCUUAGUUAACACCUGAUCACAGCUCUGACUGCUUCUUCCAAGAAGAAAGUGAACCAAAAUAUCUACUGCAAUUCUGCCUGCAAAUCAAAACCUAGGUUUAGACUACAGGCCACAGCGUUGAGCAUUCAAUUCAAUUGCUCUGACACUAUUUUAUAUAAAUGCACAAUAAGAUCUGAAAAUAAGUGGUUUCUGAUCUCCCUUCUGCAAGGACAGCACCCCCAAUGUGUUUUAUUCCUUGUGUGAUGUUGCCUGGGUCCAUGAUACUCAAGUUUCUCAAUAUAGGAAUAUUGAUAAACCCUGAAUCUGAAACUUUUGUUCUCUAUAUUUUCUUUAAGACUACUGGUUUAGAAACUGCACCUGGUAUUUUAUUUUUGUAAACAUCACAAGAUGUAAAAAGGGACCUGUGCACCUCUUGUCAAAUGCGUUACCUUUUUGAGAAUGGAAAUUUAAUUUGCCUUUGAUUCUUUGCCUGUUAAUGGCAGCUGAUAUGGUCGAAUGUGCUGCUAUAUGCUCCUCUAAAGGGCGAGUGUGAACCACCAGAGGCCCAAGGAUAUCGGUUGGACUCAAUCUCAGCUGUGUUUGCUCCGUCUUAGUCAAGCGGCUCACUGGUGAAUAUUGGCUAACUCGCAAUUUCAACCCCCUCCCUCCCUCCUCUCUGAUCCAGAGCUGCUCCUGAGAGGUGGAAAUCUCAAAUUCACAGGUGAACAGGCCCCUUUCAUUGUUAGGCAUUAAGGUAAUUAGAUGUCCAAAGAAUUGAGUUGUAGUGUAUCUUAUGCAUUAAUUUAUUCAUGAGUAUCUAAUGUAUAAAUAUUUAUCUCUAUAGUAAUUGGGGUGCAAGAAUCAAUACUAAAUACAGGACACAGUUCAACUUUUUCUAAAUGAGCUGGCUCUAAAUCCAUACCCUCUGACUGGAAUUGUAGGAAUCUGCUUCUGCUUCAGCCCCACAAUAUUUAGAUGAUUCUGUCGGUAUUUUUCAUUUUGGAAGGAUUGUUGUAACAUUAUAACGGCAUAGUUAAUGUUUUAGCACUCUUGCCUCGUUUGAUCUGAUAUCUCCGGACUCUGGCAGUGUUGAUACUGAUCCCUGUUGCUCGAGCUCGACCGACAGGAGAGCCCAGUUAUCAUGUGGUUAGACAUCACGGGGGGGCGUGGCGUCAAUGUGCUGUUCAGUUCCGGGACUUGUAUUUUAUCUACAUUGUCCAUCUGCCGAUCGUCUGUCUGUCUGUGUGACAUGCAAAGUUAGACACAAACUGCUAGAAUGUACAAGUGACAUUUUCUGGUUUUUAAACUCACUUUGGCUCCUAGCCAGCCUGUUUCGCUGGUUACUUGUGCAGGAAACUCAAUCUAAGAGACUGACGUGGGCUCCUGCAUUUUAGUUAGUCUGAAAUCACCUUUUACUGUAGAUAUCCAGUUUUGUUUAAAUAUUUAAAGUAUUUGCCAGAUUAACUGUACUAGCAAAAUAAAUGUGAACCUGUUAUGUUCA